UGUUGUGCUAGAUUUGGUUCCUGUUACGAGUCCACGACUCGCCUGGUACAUCGGUAACGUUCCAAUAAGAAUACAAUGCCAUGUUUUAAUGGUGGAAUUUCUAACAGGAUAGACCACUUUAGACCGUAGACUGUACGUAAUUAUAAUGACGACUAUAUAAUAUAUAUAUACGACUAUAUAAUAAUCAGCUGACUCAACUGCUAAGCAAGCGGGAAACUUGAAAAUGUAGCAUACCUCAGUAACCAGGCGUCUUCAUACUCUCUUAGCAUUUAUGAUGACUUGUCUCUAGCAACAGUUGUUGGCAGACAGUCUUGGAAUAAAUACGUGUUCCUCCCUUCUGCCACAAAGGAAUAUUUGUUCGCGUCUCCCUCCUGGCUAGCACGACCCAGACGCCCUCCGCGAUGGAGGAUACCUCAUCGACCUCGACGUGUAUUCCUCGUCCGUCUUUCCUUCGGAGGACAAUUGAGCAGUUGUCGACGAUCAAAACCCUAAAACUAAGAGUGGAGGAAGAGGAUGCUGCUAAUGUCGCCGUCAUCGCACUUCAGCGCUACUUCUCUGACCAAAACGGAAGGCAGCCUUGUGAGAGCUACAGCUACGACGUAACUGUCACCGACGGAGUGUGUCGAGCCAAAUGCUGCCUUCACCCAAGUUUAAAUCACUUGAUUCACACCAACACCCUGAGGACAGGCUCAGACAUCAUCAUCACGCAGUGCUCGUUUGUUUACAACGAGCGGGUAUUGGGCCACCGCUAUAUCGGCAUCGAGCAGUUAAGGUGCGUCUCGGGUAAAUCAGCGCUGCUGUCGCAACUUCGGGAUGUGAGUACACUGCCCGUGCUGGUCAAAAGCGGCAUGGAGAGGAACACCUUGCUACCAAGCAACGUACCCCUCCAGCUGGGCUGCAAACACUACUUGUCUCUGUGGGACAAUGAGCAACCAGAAGGGGACAUGUGGAUCUCAGCGCCGAUUUCGCAUGCUCCAGUGCUGGAUGUCAAAAGGAUCACUCUUAUUAAUAACCUGGAGUCAGUAUUCAACAGCACACGGGAACCCCCCCCUCUCCUGGUGAAGAUAAUACAAAAAUCCAGAUUGAGGUAUUAUGGCAAACCCGGAUGCAAGAUCGAUUUCCCCUACCAGGCAUAUUUUGAAGUUGCUGAUCAGACUGGCAUCACGUCUCUGGUGCUUUGGAACGAGCUCUGUCCACAGUUUUACAACUCAUUCAAUGUUGGAACUGUCCUGUACAUCCAGAAUUACACUCUUAAAGAAAGUUAUUCCAAUCGCUCCCGCCCACAAAUGGACCAUUACGGAAUCAAGAUCUUCACCUCAAUUGAAAUCUGCCUGAACGCUCACACCCCAACUUCUAUUAUCACUGUGGUGCCACCGAAAAAUGUUCGGCCUCAGUGGUCUUUACCUGAUGUGUCCUAUCGCUUUGCCACCAGAGCCGAGGUUGAAACGUUUGCCAAGGACUCUGUUUGUGACGUCAUCGGUUUGGUAACAUUUGUCGGUCGCGUUGAAAGAGUAAAACGUAAAGGCAACACAGGCCCUGGGAAGUACUGGUCAUUCCGCUGGGUCCACGCAAUGGAUAGAACAACGGAGCAUCCUUUUGUCCUGCAAUUGUUCAACUCCUCCCAGCCAGAAAUCUUUGACAGUAUAUGGCCAAUGACUUAUCUGGUGUGCACUCAGAUGCGAGUGUGUCAUGUGGAAGGCUGCUUGCCUUACCUCACCAGUAGCUGCGAAACAGAGAUGUUUAUUACAGGCUACCACAAGGGUCAACCGUACAAGAAUAACCCCAUAGUGCAGAGCCUCAUGCAGCGAAACAAGACUCUGAAGGACAACGAGGUCCUCCCGAAGACGGCUGUCGGUGGCCAUUAUUGCUACCCUCAUGCCCCGCCCACUUUCACCCAGCCAACGGCAGCGACCUCAGAGCAAGUUCCUCUUGUUGCUGCUUCUGACUUGAAGAAGGAGUUGGAAACCCUGCAGUAUAGAGAACAUAAGAAACUUGCCAUUCAAGGUCAGAUCGUGGCUGUCAGAUAUGUGGAAAAGUCAAACAUGACUGAGACACAAGGCCUUGGAGCCAAAGGGCAGGUGCCAAGUGUGUCCACUGGUGACCGAGCCAUGUCGGAUGUGAGUAAUGUGACUGGGUCAGACGCAUCGGCCUCGCCUAAACAAACAUCAGUAAAAAGGAAAAGAAUGAUAAAUACAAGAGAUACAGAGCAGAGUUCAGUGAGCAGUGUGCCGGCGAAACGAGGAGCCAGAAAUCCAGAAGUCGAAAGAGAGCAGCCGGAGGACGAGGGAGACUCGGAAUCACGGGAACAGAAUCUGCAACCCCAAAAUGAAGGCCGCAAUCUGCUAUCGUGGGAGAGCAGCGGCUGGUCAAGGCAACGGCAAGAUGUGACUGUGCAUUUGUGUCACGCCACUCUUCAUCAGGACAGCAUUUCUCGAAGGUUCACCUUAGAUGACAAGAACGCUCUCCUGCGGUGGAGCAACCUUCAUCCCAUGCGCUGGACACCGGAGCAGUCAGCCGACACACUUCCAAGUCCGGUUUUCCCGGGAUACUACCAGGUUACCAUACUAGGCAUUAACAAACAAAUAGCUGUCGAUGCAGCAUUUUUACCCAUUGUGAGCUCCAGAGAGCAAAGAGCCGUAGGUCUUCCUUUGGGUCGUCACGACAACACCGUGCUCUCUUGCCUCUCUUCUGGUUUCCUCUGCCCUCUGGAGGGCUCAGGUCACAGUUGGACAUCACGCCACAUUCCAGAGAAUAUCAUGGCAACUGCCGGGGAGCUGGAGGACACAAAUUUGGUAUGUGUCUUGGACAUUUGUCACCUUGGUGGAGAGGAGGUGGAGGUAGUGAUUAGCAAAGUGUACAAAGUGACUGAAGUUUCUGUUGCGUAGCACUUUAAAGAGAGACAAUUUUCUAAGGGUGAGUACUCAUCCAUAUUUUCCUUAGACGUUAAUCAUGAAAAUGUUGGUCGACAGUCAUCCAAUAAGGCAUUCAAGAUAAACUGUAACUCUGUCACAAAGAUAGCACUUCAACCCAGUCUCACAAACACAGUAGAAUGCAAAACAACAAUGUGAUCUUAACCUAAAAAUGAUAAGAUAACAAAAUCAAAAGCGUGUCUUGACCAGCAAAAAAGUCUCAUUUGUUUUUUGUUCACAACCACAAUACAUGCUGUAUGUUUGAAAAUAUUUAUUUCCAAAUAUUUCACAAUGAGCAGGUUGAUUUAUAAAUAAUUCAAUAUGACAUAAUUAAUAUCAAGAUAUUUUAGGCUGUAAACUUAAUUUGUUAUUAUCGUUUAAACAAUAUUUUUAAAGCUUAUUUCAAUGGGAAAGACAGGGGGAGAAAAAUACAUACAAGCAACUGUGCAACACCAACACAACAAAGCCUCACCUCCACUAAUAAGACACUUCAUUAUCUGUUACAAAAUUACUUUAAUUUUAAAAUCAUGUAACAUACAUACGUAUUCUAUUAGACAUAGAAAAUAAACUAUAUCAUCUA